AUGUGGGGUAGCUCAUCCAUACCUCCCAUUAACCUACAGACCCUUCACAGGCCAAUCAAGGCAGGUGGGCUUGGCCUCCUCGACAUACAAUCCCGAAACGAGGCGAUCGACCUAGUGUGGCUCCGACGCUACCUCACACUUGGGGAGGACCGGCCAACCUGGGCAUUCGCGAUGGACGCCAUCAUUGGCAAACACGCUACUCGUGACGCCGGAGCUAUACGCCCUAAUGCGCAAAUUAACAUGUUCCUCCAAAGCUGGAACCCGUCAGUGAGCAGCCGAUCCACCCUCCCGCUCUACAUUAAAAACAUGCUCACCACGGGCCGGAGAUACGGAGUGCAUCUCGAGGCACUGAAGGUCGACGGGCCCCUCAAGAAACAACUCCCGGCAUGGUACCACAUCGGCGCCACUAAGGCCCUACGGAAGCUGAACAACACGAAAGUGAGCGACUGCCUCCGCGAUCGCCAUGGAGUUUCGCUAGUCGCUGACCUCCUCAAACUCACCCACUUCGCCUGCGGCAACAUGCAUCCCCAAUCCCCACAUUAUUCAGGUGGCGACUCGUGUCCCUGCCCGGACUGUUCACAGUGCCGCAGGGAAGGCUGCGCACACCCGGCCAAGUGCCGCCAAGCCGCUUUCCGCCUCCUCAGCGAAAUCCUUCCCAAAUGGAACCCGCUAGCGGACGACAUUGUCGAUGGCCUCACCCUGACGACGCGACGCCGUGCUAAGAACCUUGAGGCGAAUUUCGAUGAUGGAGACACUCUCACCUUCGACCCAUCAAUUACCACCCGCGGAGGCCUAACCGAGCUUUUCCGAGCCUUUGUGAACCCGAGCUCUCUCACCCAACCUCCAUCCCACCGCAGACGACCAGGACGUGCGGUGCCAGAUGAGUCCACCACCGUGUAC